CGGGCUAUAAGCGCCCCGCCAAGCCCCGGCUCGGCCCGGGCAGGUGCCAGCCAUGGCGUGGGCACUGGUGACGAUGCUGGCCGUGCUGGCGGCCGCGCUGGCACGGGGGGCAGAGGCGCAGUGCCCCGCGGCCGCCGACCUGCGCCCCGCCAACGGCACGCGGCUGUGCGCGCUGCUCUACGCCGACAACAGCCCCUACUACGAGCAGUGCUGCGCCGGGGACGCGCUGCCGGUGCUGCCGGGCAGCGACGUGCCCUACAUGCCCCACGGCUGGGCCGGCCGCGUCUCCUCGCUGGUGGUGGGCACCCGCUGCGAGCUGACCGUGUGGUCGCGCCGCGCCAAGCGGGGCAGCACGCGGCGCUUCGGCGCGGGCGCGGUGCCGCGGCUGCAGGAGGUGCGGCGCGGGCUCUUCGGGGACUGGAACGACGCCAUCCGCGCCUUCUACUGCACCUGCAAGUGAGCGGCGGCGCGGGGCCGGGGCGGCGGUGCUGGCACGGGGGCACGCCGGGCAGCGGGAGGUGACAACGCGGGUCAGGAUGUGCCAGUGUGGGCCAGAGUGGGUCAGCCUGAGCCAACGCGGGCCAGCGCGGGUCAGGAUGUGCCAGCGCGUGUUACCAUGGGCCAACGCGGGUCAGCGUGUGCCAACGUGGAUCAGGAUGUGCCAAUGUGGGCCGACGUGGGUCAGCCUGAGCCAACGUGGGUCACAAUGUGCCAGCGUGGGUCAGGACGUGCCAGCGUGCGCCACCACGGGCCGACGUGAGCCAGCGCGGGUCAGCCUGAGCCAACGUGGGCCAAACCACCCCCAAGCUGGCCAAGAGGUGUUGGCGUGAGCCAAGACGAGCCGACACAAACCAGCCAGCCCUGGCCAAGAUUCACCAUCGGGCGCCGACCCAGGCCAAGCCAAGCCGAGCCGAGCUGAGCCAAGCCGACCCAGGCCAAGCCA